AUACCGCGACAGUGCGUGUGCCUAGACAAUGUUGACAGUUCAAACACCAGCCGGAUCUAGGCCUGUGCGUAGCAAGCAACGUGAGAACCUCUAGGGUGGUAGAAUCUGAUCCACAACUCCAAAUACAUUCAAAAGUGGGACAGGCAAACAAGUAAUAGCGGCCUACACGGCAAUUGUUUAAACAUUUAAGAUUGUUGCCAAUAUUUUUAAGGCACCUUUUAAUUUAAAACCUCGCUCUGAGAUUCCAAUAAAAAGGCGGUCGAUCCCUUAUGGAAUUAUCACUUUCUGAUAAGCAGCAGCAACAGAAACCAUGAAGUAUCAUUGCGUUCUCUUGCUCCUGGCGACCAUCGGGUGCUUCCUGGUGAGCCAGACCAGUGCGGUGACUGCCACUGCCACAACUACCUCGGCAACAGCAGUGACUACAACCACAGUCGCGUCCUCAGACACGACCACCACCACAGCAGCGUCCUCAGACACGACCACGACCACAGCUGCCACGUCUGACACCACUACGGAGGCAGGAUCUUCCAAGCCCAAGAAGACAAAGCGGCACUUCAAGCGGAAGAUCAAGCGCGGCAAGAAGAAGAUCCAUCGCAGGCGCUCACCCAAGGAGGGAUCUGAGAGCAACAGGGGCUAAAUGGACAGCAAACGACCAACGACAACUACUUAGGUAGCGGAAAUCCGGAAACAUGUUUUCAAUCUACUUAACUAUCAAUAUCCAAAUAUAUUUCUAUCGCUCUUAGUGCAGGCGUUUACAGU